CCAAAGCACAUGGGGUGGCCCGACCUGGGGAGACGGGGCACAGAAGGAAUGCAGGGCGUGGAUGGGUGAGGGGAAGAGGGUGUGGAGCCCUGGCUCUGGCUGGUCCCCCUCUCACCCCUCCAAGUUCCAGAGGCCUGGGCUCCUCAUUCAUCUCGUAAGCGCCAAGGUGGAGGGGGGUCCUACCGAGGGAGGAGCUAGAGGCCACCGCGACCAGCAGAGAGCGAAGGCAGGAGGGACCAGCCUGGCCCAGCCCCUUCAUUUUACUGUCGGGGGUGGUGAGGAGGAAGAGGAAGAGGCGAAGGCUGGCGGAGGAGGAGUUGAGAGCGAGGACUCGGCAGAAGCGAGCUCCGCCGGAGGGAAGUCCAAGCAAUCGGAGAACUCAGGGGAACCCUCCCGGGGAGAGGGUCGCGGGCUCCUUCUGCCGCUUACCUGUCGCGCCGAGGCAGAGCCGCAGCCGCGCCGCGGAGCCGCUCCCGGGCUUCCCCACCGGACGGCCGGGAGGGUGGGGCCGGUGCGGGACCUCCCCCAGCUGCCCGAACGCGCCCGCCCCGCCCCUCCCGGGCCAGGUGCAGCGGCUCCCGCUGUGUCCCCAGCGUGCUGCGGGCCCGGGAACUCCAGGCAGACGGGCAGAGGAGCGCCCCGGCUUCUCUGCGUCUCAGCCUGCCCCGGGGGUGCGGUCUCUGCGGCCAGGCUUUCAGCACGGAAAAAGAUUGGAGGGUCCAAGUCACCCCAAAGACGACAGGCAUUAGCAGAGCCGCUGGCGGCGCGUGCAUGGAACCGGAAUGUGCUGCGCGCCCGCCCGGAGCGCUCGGAGCCCGGAGGCCUGCCCGGGAGGGGAAACGCAGCUAGGCGGCCAUGGGCCCCGGGGUCCUGCCCCAGGCUUGCUUCUCAUUUGCGCUCCAUCCAACAAGAGCUCGUAUUCCGUGUGCCAUGAACUGUGCCAAGGGCUCCAAGUGCCAGGCAUCAGGAAGGACGGUGCAGGCUUCCUCUCCACCAUGCCAGGAAGGUUUGCAGAUGAGCCACCACAGAAGAGGGACUGCAACCUCAGUCUCCGCUGGUGCAGGCAACUUUUGAAAAAUGGUUUUUCAGGCUGGGGGUGGUGGCUCACACCUGUAAUCCCAGCACUUUGGGAGGCU